UUAUAGACGAUUCAACGACCGAGACCGAGUCGUUUUGCUUCGCGCCAUCCCCCUUCUUUUCUCUCUCUCUCUCUGUUUGUGUUGGGAAGAAUUGAAGGAAGGAAUGGAGACAAAUCUGGAGCCAUGGAAUCGGUUGGAGGGAAAGGUAGUAAUGGUGACAGGGGCAUCUUCAGGGCUAGGGAGAGAGUUCUGUUUGAAUCUCGCCAUGGCAGGCUGCAACAUUAUCGCCGCGGCUCGUAGAAAGGAUCGAUUAAAGUCUCUCUGCGAAGAAAUUAACCAAAACUCGAAAGCUUCAAUUUCAUCUACAGGAACCGUAGCUGUUGCGGUAGAGCUUGACCUGAGCGCCGCGGGGCCUGUGAUCGAUGCGUCUGUGCAGAUUGCUUGGGAUGAGUUCGGCCGGAUCGAUGCGUUGGUUAACGCCGCCGGAGUAAGAGGUACAGUGAGAUCCCCCAUAGAUUUGUCUGAAGAGGAAUGGAAUAGUACUGUGAAAACAAACCUAACGGGUUCUUGGCUAGUAACUAAGUCUGUGGGUCGUCGCAUCAGUGAAAAUGGUCUGAAAGGAUCGGUUAUGUUUAUUACAUCUAUUGGUGGAAUCCAGCGUGGAGAGUUACCCGGUGGUACUGCCUAUGUUGCCUCAAAAGCUGGUCUAAAUGCCAUGACUAAGAUAAUGGCCAUAGAGUUGGGGCCACUCAACAUAAGAGUGAACUCAAUAGCUCCUGGGUUGUUCAAGUCAGAGAUAACAGAAGGACUUAUGCAGAAAGAUUGGCUCAACAAUGUGGCUUUGAGGACUGUCCCUCUAAGAAAAUUUGGCACAAUUGACCCAGCAUUGACAUCACUCAUCCGUUUUCUGAUCCAUGAAUCCUCAGGCUACGUUUCAGGCAAUGUGUUCAUCGUUGACUCAGGAAACACCCUACCUGGUUUCCCCAUUUUCUCUUCCCUUUAGUAAUAUUCAUUUCUCUCUCUCUCUCCAAAAUGAAAAUUUGAAUUCUAUUUACUUGAUCUCCUGAUACUUUUCAACAAUUUAGGCAAUGGGUUUUCAAUAUUAAUGUCGGAUGUAUCAUCCCAUAAUAUAUAAGAAUUUAAUUGGAAGAGUACCAAUGUGUGACACUUAUUUAUUUUUUAGGUAGAAUGAUUUAAGAAUUUAAUUUGAAAA